AGUCAUAUUUUUAUGGAUCUCAUAAACAAGACAAGUGAUGAAAUACAACUACAUCUACCUCAACUACAACAAGUGCCACUACACCUACAAUGAGAAGGGGAAUUCUGGAGGAGGAGGAGAAGGAAGAAACAACAACUACAACAGCAGCAACUACAUUAAAAAAAGAACUCCUGGAAGAAGAUACAACAAAAACAGCUACAUCAACAACUACAACCCCAACCAAUCUUUUUGAUUUUCAUAGCGAAAAUGAAAGUGUUGAUCAUAUAGAAAAUAAAACCAUAGGAGAAGAAAAAUCAGAAAAAAUUGAUAUGGGUAUAAUUGAUAGUGAGAGAGAAUUUGAAAAC